CUGUUAGAACGCAUAGCAUCAUCAGUUGCUUUACACACAUUUAAAAUGACUGAUUCAUCACAGAGCUACAAACAAUAAAAUUGAUUGAACAGUGAAGGUGCAACAAUUUUGUGGUCCGAAUACAAAUUUUUUGUUGCUGGCUGUUUUGGCUACCCCUCGGACAACAUGAAUGUCUUUAGACUGUUAGGGGAUCUUUCCCACCUUGCAGCACUCAUAAUAUUGUUACUAAAAAUUCGUUCUUCUCGUUCGUGCAAGGGUCUCUCAGGAAAAACUCAAAUUAUGUUUGCAUUGGUGUUUACUACGCGAUAUGUUGACUUGUUCAUAUACUACAUAUCUGCAUACAACACAAUAAUGAAGAUAACGUUUAUUGCGCUGUCAUAUUUAACGGUUUACUUCAUUUAUGUAAAGUUCAAGGCAACUCUAGAUACAAAUGAUCAUUUGUUUCGUCUUCCCUAUUUUGUAAUCCCCAUCGGAGGCCUCGCAUGUCUUGUCAACCAUAAGUUUGAGAUUUUGGAAGUACUGUGGACAUUCUCUAUAUAUCUGGAAUCAGUUGCUAUUUUGCCUCAGUUAUUUAUGAUCAGUAGCACAGGUGAAGCGGAAACGAUAACUGCGCAUUAUUUAUUCGCAUUGGGAUCUUAUCGUGCCUUGUAUUUGGUCAAUUGGAUAUACCGAUAUUACGUGGAAGAUGUUUAUGACUUGGUAGCUAUUGUAGCUGGAUGUGUCCAGACACUAUUAUACAUUGAUUUCUUCUACCUUUAUGUCACUAGAGUACUCAAAGGUCGCCAACUUAUUCUUCCAGUCUGAGAGAAAAAGGAUGUGUUGUAAUUUUUGAAUAAUAUCCUGUUUAGCAGUAUUUCGUUUGUUUCUUCAUUACAAUGCUGGUUUCUUUGUCUCAGUGAUAAAUAUGUUGAAAAUAUGUUCAAACCUCAAGUGCCCGUAUAAAUCGAUUCAUUACUGGUUCAAUUCAGUUUCAUGUUCUUUUUGAACUGCAAACUCUGCUUUACUUUUCUUAUCUCUGUGUGUGUUUUUCUGUCCAUUACUAUUGGCUUCACUGUUUAUGGUUUCAUAAGAAUAUAAGUGAAAUGGAGCAUUUGGUGUGUUUGUCUUAUUUUAUGUAUUUAUAUAUAUAUAUAUAUAAAAGAAAGUGUUCACUUUGCUUCAUUUUGCUUGGGAAAUGUAAAACGCUUUCAACCCACAUAUAUAUGACGCCAUCAUAAUAACCGGUUAAUAUGUAUGUCUAAGUACCCAAUAAUAAUACACUUCAUUUUUCUAUGACUUGCUUCAAAGUAAAACUUUUUCUGAUUUAUUUGUUUACUUGUCAACUUUUGUUAACACUUCUUUUUUGCUUUUAUUUGCUCCCCUCUUUCAAAUAAAUUGAACAUUAUAAAUGUCUGUUAUGCAGUUUUCUGGUUUUUUAUUUCAUCUAAAAUUGAGUUGAAUCUAUCUAUCAAGGCUAACGGUGUAGAUUUUUUUAAAAUAUCUUUUCAUGCAGAAAUAUGAGUUCGAGUUCUAACGCGAAA